GGAAUGCCAAAGGCUUCUUUCAGCUCUAAAUCAUUCUAUUCAUGUUGAGAUAACAUAACUUAAGCGGUUCGUGAGUAGGCGUUUCUAGGUUUUUCCAUUUUGAUGGCCCCUAAAUGCAGUCAAGCAAAACCGGAUAAGCAAAUUUGAUGCACGGCUUAUCCAGGUAUGCUAAGAACAUAUAUCCAACGUAUAUCAGGAGAAGUUUUUAAGGGUUCUCUAUUUUAAAUUUGGAAGGAACCCCUUAGAUCAAACGAUCAGAACUACUUAUGCAAACUCAAGAAAGGUUAUCCAAGGAUGCUACUUUUAAGUUUUGAGAUUCAUGAAAGAGUUCGUCAGAAGAAGUCAUAUAAUUGAUUUUUCUAUUGAAAGCUCCAUCGGACGGACCUUAAUGCAGUCAUACAGAACCAUUUAACAAACUUGCGAGUGGUAAAUGCCAGAAUGCUGUGAAAUUCCGACCUGUAGCUUCACAGAGGCAGAUGUUUUAUCAAAAAUGAAGAAAACGUACUAUGGACGCCGUCCAUCCAAUUACAAGGAACUGAGCAAAUGGUUUGGAAGUCUUUAAGGAGAAAUGAUGUUGGAGAAGUAAAAGUGAGACGGAUCGAAUAAAAGCCAUAUUGACGAAACAAACUGUUGAAAAUGGAAAAAAAGAUUAAAAAAGUAUUUAACGAUCCUAUCCAUGGAAAUAUAGAGUUACAUCCCCUCUGUGUGACGAUAGUCAACACACCGCAGUUCCAGCGUCUGAGGUUCAUAAAGCAGCUGGGCGGCGCCUACUUCGUCUAUCCCGGAGCCGCACACAACAGAUUCGAACAUUCAAUCGGGGUUUGUCAUUUGGCUGGACGGCUGGUACGAGCUCUAAAGGAAAAAAAAUCUGACGCCCUCAAGGGCGUUGAUAUUACAGAUGAAGAUAUACUGUGCGUAGAAGUGGCAGGAUUGUGUCAUGAUCUCGGUCAUGGGCCAUUUUCACACCUCUUUGACCAAAGGAUAAUUCCUGCAUUACGAACUGAUAAAAAAUGGAAGCAUGAAAAUGGAUCCGUAGAUAUGUUUCGUUACAUGUUAAAAGCAAACGAUCUUGAAAAGAAAUUUGACGAAGAAGACCGAACAUUCAUAGAGGAACUAAUUGAUGGGCCUGGUGAAACGUAUCCAAAAGGAGAGAAGAACAAAAAAAGGAGAGAACAGAAAGGAUUCUUGUACGAGAUUGUGUCAAACAAACGGAAUGGUAUAGAUGUUGACAAAUGGGACUACUUUGCACGUGACUGUCACAUGCUUGGAAUUCAAAACAACUUCAAUCACGAUCGAUGUAUAGAUUUCUCAAGGGUGAUUGAAGUAAAUGGAGAAAGACAGAUAUGUUAUAGGGAUAAGGAGGCUGCCAACCUGUACGAUAUGUUUCAUACCCGAUACUUACUCCAUAUCAGGGCAUAUCAACACAAGACAAACAACAUCAUUGAAUAUAUGAUAGCUGAAGCCCUCAUAUUAGCUGAUGAGUUCAUUAGAUUUCCUGGACAAAAGAGGAAAGCUGAAGACCCCAUAUCAGCUAAUCACUCCAUUACAGUUCCUGAACAAAAGAGGAAAGCUGAAGACCCCAUAUCAGCUAAUCACUCUAUUACAGUUCCUGAACAAAAGAGGAAAGCUGAAGACCCCAUAUCAGCUAAUCACUCCAUUACAGUUCCUGAACAAAAGAGGAAAGCUGAAGACCCCAUAUCAGCUAAUCACUCUAUUACAGUUCCUGAACAAAAGAGGAAAGCUGAAGACCCCAUAUCAGCUAAUCACUCCAUUACAGUUCCUGAACAAAAGAGGGAACCAUGUGAAAUGUGCGAAGCAAGGGAACAACGUAAAAUGUCAAAAGCUAGGGAACAAUAUAAAAUGUCUGAAGCAAUAGAUGAUAUGAUGGCUUAUAGCCUUCUGAAUGAUUGCGUCAUUUACACGAUUCUUGGGAGUACUGAUUCAAGACUAGAGAAAUCCAAAGAAAUCCUUCUACGUGUUUUAAGAAGGGAUUUGUAUAAAUUUGUCGGAGAAGAAAGAUUCGCCCACAAUACGUUUAAAAAUGAGUCUGAUGUUAAAGAAAAAAUGGAAAAUGUCACAGAAGAUGGCAAAACAGUCGUUGAUCUUGUUAAUUUCAAUUACGGGAAGAAGCAUUUGAAUCCAAUAGACUUCGUCAACUUCUACUCAAAAGAAAAACCGGAUGAGGCAGAGCCAAAACACAAAGAAAAUGUAUCUCUGUUACUGCCGAAGAAUUUUGCAGAACAACUGGUUCGCGUCUACUGCAAGGACCCGAAUUCCUACGAAGAAAUGAAAAUAUGGUUCAAUGAUUGGUCGGAAAAACAUCGAGACGUACUAGCCUGUGACAAAUCGACACAGACUACACAGUGAAACUGAAAACGUCCAGUUGAAUGGAGGUCGAAAACGACGCUAGUGAGAACCAAGUCAGUGAUUGGACUUAUAAUCAAAUGAUUAAUUUAAUAUUAAUGUAUGUAUUGUUUUUUUUGUGCACUUCUUAGCUAAUCUAACAUGGAUCAAACCAGAUGUAUUUGGUGUUCAGUGUCAAGCACUGUUGAAAAACAGAUUGGCAGAAGACAUAUUUAUUUAUUUUUUCAAUAUAUAAACCUUGAAGCUAGACUUUUAUGUAAAGCAUGCGAAAUAGUUUUACAAGAAGUAUAAACCAUAUCAAAUGAUAACAUACAUAGUAUUAUGUUUGUUUAUAAUAUAUAAAUACUACAGAUAAUUCAGGUUUUUUAUCGUAAGAUAAUUGAAAAUUAUACAUAAAAUAGACGAUGAAGUACAUACGCUGACCUGUCGACGUCCUUAUUACUGGCAACGGCCUUUUAUUCGUUUUUUAUUUAAAUUUGAAUUUAAUUCAUAUUUGCUUUUAACUCAUUGCACUGAUUUUAUGUGUAGAUUUUAGCUUUACCUUUGUCAUAUCAAACAUUUACAGACUGAGGAACAAUUAUUGUGAUGUACAUUUGUGAUAACUAAAUGUGAUAAUUUCUGUUAUUUGUUUUUUUUACUGUUUCUACAUAUUGUUCCCAUUACAAACCAACGUUAUAAUCAUAAUCGGCAAAUGACUUUUUCUCCGUAUGCAACUUCGGCAUUUUCUGGUAAAUACGGGAAGCCAUGUUCGUUCGAAGAAUGCAGCAUUGCCCAACGAUAAUACGUAAUCAUACGAAAUGUCAUACGCGUCAACUUUUAUAUAUCUUUUCUGUGUCUUUUAUUCCAUUUAAGGUAUAUGGAAAACUUUUGUUAAGCCUUCAGUAAGGUAUUUCAUUACUGUUGAUUUUUUCUAAAAAUGUAAUCUCUUGUUUAACUUACUAUAUUUUCUCUACUUAAGUCAGUUUUUACUACAAUUCAUACAGUAUAUAACGCAACAUUUACAUAAGGUUUUUUAUAAAUUUUAAAGUAAUUUCAGUCAUAGAUUGAACCUAUUUUUUCUGAGAAUAUAGGAAAAUUCCUCAGGCAUACGUGAGUAAAAUUAGCUCACAAAAACGAACGUCCCAAAAUUAUCCCAACUGUGCUAAAAACUUGGACUGAACUGAAUCCAGUUAGCAGAGUAGCAAACAUUAUUAAUCAAAGUGACAUUUCUUGUAUUCAUUGUGAAGCUUUUUUUAGAGUUUUAGGCCAAGGUAGCAUGUAUACCACAUUACCUGCUUAUGAGCUUUGAAUUUCAGGUGUUUACCAAAGAGCUGUCUUUAAUGCCACAUGGCUUUAGCCCGUUGGCUGGUUAGAAAAUAUCCAACAUUUUAUUUAUCUUUUUAUCAUAUAUAUUGAUAUACAUAUUUUGUAAUCAUAACGUUUUCUUCUAUCUUACUUAUUUUAGUUCAACUGUGUGAUAAUUGUUAAUAUUCUAGUAAUUUAUCUUUCCCAGACUCAUCAUUUUGUCCCUAUAUAUUAUUGCUUUAUACUCUCAUGUAUUUAUUGUGCUUGUGUAUUUAUAUAUUUAUGUUAAGUAGAAUAAUUUAAAACUUUGUAAUUGUUAUCCCAAAUCGCUGUCUUGGAUUAUGAUGCCUUUGGCAAAAUAUAAAAUGUAAGCCGUU